GAUCCGCUAUCCUCCGUCAUCGCCGCUCUUUUUUCUCUGGAAAGGCGACCGGAAUUUUUGAGAGUGAACUAAAAUCGAUCGACGCCAUAUCCAACCCUAAGCUCCGAUUUCUCUCCCAUGGCUGCCGGCUUCUCUCUCCCUUCCUACCCGCUCCUUUCUCUCCAAUUGUUCCCAUCUAAACCGUCUCUCUUCACCGUCCCCUGGCUCGUCCGUUCUCCCUCUCGCCAUCCCGAGAAGUGGCGAUUCCUCGUGUCUCCGUCUCUUUCUUCCGCUUCCGUCGCGAGCCCUUCGCUCAAUCCCCUCGUGGGCUCGCUAAAGGAGAAGGCGGGCCAUUUGAAGGGCACCAAGUGGAGGGAUCUCUGGAGCCUGAACAGUUGGGUCGUCCGAGAUUACUACCGGCUCGUUACCUUUGUCAAUGCUUUUGAGCCCCAGAUGUUGAAUCUGUCUGACGAACAGCUCAGAGGGAAGACCGCCGAAUUCCGCCAACGGUUGAGCCAAGGAGAAACUCUAGCUGAUAUCCAAGCGGAGGCAUUUGCUGUUGUUCGGGAAGCUGCCAGAAGGAAGCUUGGCAUGCGUCAUUUUGAUGUUCAGAUUAUUGGUGGAGCAGUGCUUCAUGAUGGGUGUAUAGCAGAGAUGAAGACUGGUGAAGGAAAAACACUCGUAUCCACACUUGCUGCUUAUUUGAAUGCACUCACAGGACAUGGAGUUCACGUGGUGACUGUUAAUGACUACUUGGCCCAGCGGGAUGCUGAGUGGAUGGGCAGCAUUCAUCGUUUCCUUGGCCUUUCUGUGGGUCUUAUACAGGGGGGCAUGAAGGCUGAUGAGAGGAGAUCCAACUAUUGUUGUGACAUUACAUACACUAAUAAUUCGGAACUAGGCUUUGACUAUCUCCGUGACAAUCUGUCAGGAAAUAAAAGGCAACUUGUUAUGAGAUGGCCAAGACCAUUUCAUUACGCCAUUGUUGAUGAAGUUGAUUCUGUCCUUAUUGAUGAAGGAAGAAACCCAUUAUUGAUCAGUGGUGAGGAUAGGAAAGAUGCUGCAAGAUAUCCAGUCGCUGCUAAAGUUGCUGAGCUGCUUGAACGAGGCAUUCAUUACAAUGUCGAGUUAAAAGACAAUUCUGUGGAUUUGACCGAAGAAGGAGUUGCUCUCAUGGAGAUGGUUCUUGAAACAAAUGACUUGUGGGAUGAAAAGGAUCCAUGGGCAAGAUUUCUAAUGAAUGCUUUGAAGGCUAAGGAAUUUUACCGCAGAGAUGUGCAAUACAUUGUCAGGGAUGGGAAAGCAUUGAUAAUAAAUGAGCUUACAGGGAGAGUUGAAGAAAAAAGGCGAUGGUCUGAAGGCAUUCAUCAAGCAGUAGAGGCAAAAGAAGACCUGAAAAUUCAGGCUGAUUCGGUUGUUGUGGCCCAGAUAACAUAUCAAUCACUCUUUAAGCUUUAUCCUAAGCUUUCAGGGAUGACGGGGACUGCUAAGACUGAAGAGAAAGAAUUCUUGAAAAUGUUUCAAAUGCCUGUUGUUGAAGUCCCCACAAAUUUACCAAAUAUUCGAAUUGACUUACCUAUUCAAGCAUUUGCAACUGUACGCGGGAAAUGGGAAUAUGUGCGGGAAGAAGUUGAGUCAAUGUUUCAAUUGGGACGUCCUGUUUUAGUUGGAACGACAAGUGUUGAGAAUUCUGAAUAUUUAUCUGAUCUUCUCAGAGCCCGAAAUAUUCCUCAUAAUGUCCUCAAUGCAAGGCCAAAGUAUGCUGCACGGGAGGCUGAAAUUGUUGCCCAAGCUGGUAGAAAAUAUGCAAUUACAAUAUCUACUAACAUGGCAGGCAGGGGCACUGAUAUCAUUCUUGGUGGUAACCCAAAGAUGCUUGCUAAAAAAAUAAUAGAGGAUAACUUGCUGCCUUUUAUGGCACAAGAGGCUCCAGAUGUUGAAAAUGAUGGCGAGCAAAUUUCUCAAAAGGGUUUCUCAAAGAUAAAAAUAGGACCCUCAUCUUUAGCAUUGGUUGCGAAGGCUGCACUUAUAGCAAAACAUGUGUGCAAAAGCAAGCGAAAUGAUUGGCCAUAUGGGAAGGCAAAAUCUGUUAUCGCUGAGUCCAUACAAAUGAGUCAAUCACUUGGAAUGGAAGGACUCGAUAAUCAAUUGGAAGAAGAUUCAGAGAUUUAUCCCCUCAGUACUGCAGUAGCACUUGCUUACCUCGCUGUCUUGAAGGACUGUGAAACACAUUGUUUUAAUGAAGGGGUGGAAGUGAAAAUGUUGGGUGGGCUCCAUGUGAUUGGGACGUCAUUACAUGAGUCUCGCCGAAUAGAUAAUCAACUCCGUGGUAGAGCAGGACGACAAGGUGACCCUGGCUCAACAAGGUUUAUGGUGAGCUUACAGGAUGAGAUGUUUCAGAAGUUCAAUUUUGAUACUGAGUGGGCUGUGAAACUCAUAUCAAAGAUAACAAAUAAUGAGGAUAUACCAAUUGAGGGGCACACAAUUGUGAAACAGCUUUUGGCUCUUCAAAUAAAUGCAGAGAAGUACUUCUUUGGCAUAAGGAAGAGUCUUGUGGAGUUUGAUGAAGUCCUGGAGGUCCAGAGGAAGCAUGUCUAUAGCCUUAGACAACUGAUAUUAGCAGGUGGCUCUGAAAGCUGCUGUGAACAAGUAUUCCAAUACAUGCAAGCAGUAGUUGAUGAAAUUGUCCUUGAAAAUGCUGAUCCAGAAAAGCAUCCUAGUAAUUGGAGUUUGCGGAAACUCAUGGAUGAAUAUAUUCAGAUUGGCGGAAACAUAUUGGCCGAAUCAUUUGCAGAGGUCAGGGAAGAGGAACUACUGAUGUCCCUUGAGCAAAUUCAUGGGUUACGUAUAAUGGAGGUGGAAAAUUUCUCUCUUCCAAACUUGCCUAUACCUCCAACCACAUUCAGAGGAAUCCGCAAGAAAAUAUUGUCUUUAAGACGUUGGCUUGGUAUCUGUACUGAUGAGACAAUAAAGAAAGGAAGAUAUCAAGGGACCACUAACCUUCUUCGCAAGUAUCUUGGAGACUUUUUAAUUGCUUCUUAUUUAGAAGUUGUACAAGACUCUGGUUAUGAUGAUUCAUACAUUCAAGAAAUUGAGAGAGAAGUUAUUGUGAAGACACUAGAUUCUUUUUGGAGGGACCAUUUGAUAAAUAUGAACAGGCUCAGUUCAGCGGUGAAUGUCCGGAGCUUCGGGCACAGAAAUCCGCUGGAAGAGUAUAAAAUAGAUGGGUGUCGAUUUUUCAUCUCAAUGCUUAGUGCCACUCGAAGAAUGACUGUAGAAUCAUUACUCCAUUAUUGGUCAUCUCCGAUGGAAUCCACUGACUUGUACGCACCCUGAAAGUCAAACGUGUAG